GAUAGAAUCUGAAAAAAGGAAACGAAAUUGAGAAAAUAUUUAAUAAUAUAUCAAUUAAGAUGAAUCAAAAUGAAUGGGAAAUUCGUGAAACUCAAAGACAACGUGAGCUGGAAGAAGCUAAGGGAAGAGCUCAACAAAUGGAAAAGACUAUGAGAUGGUGGUCGGAAUGCACUUCUAACUGGCGUGAAAAAUGGGCAAAAGUUCGAAACGAGAGAAAUCAAGCAAGGGAAGAAGCAAAGCAGUUAAGAAGUCAGCUUGAAUCAGCUGUGAAAGAAUCUCAUUCUUUUAAAAAAGAAAAAAAUGAGCUUGAAAUUCAAAUUUCGCAGUUGAAGAAAGAAAUGGAAAAAGUACAUCUUUCCUUAAUGAAGCAUGCUGGUCAGCAAAAAGAACCUGAAAGAGACAUAAAUGAAUCUCCCGAUCAAUUUUCAAACGAUGGUCUAAAGAAUGUAAAUUCAGAAGAUGGGUUGGUAACCAAAGCAAGGUCUGUUGGUGAAAAUGAGGAUAACAAAGACAAUAAAAUUAUUGAAACGCAGUCACACGAAGUAUUGUCUAAAAAAUUUGAUGCGGAUUUUGAAGAAAAACAACUCAUUCAAAAAUUGAAUUCAAAAAGCGAUGAUGAUGACACUGAAUAUUUCACUCAAAAACUGAAAAUGCUGCAGUUACGUUUAGAUGAUGCUGUUAAGGCUUUGAGUGGAGAAAAAGAUGAAAAAAAACACUUGUUAAAAUCGAUUGAUAAGCUUCGUCAAGAAUUAGAAGACUGCAAGAAAGAUGCUGUUAGAGAAUUUCUAACUAUGCAAGAAACUCACCAUGCUGAAUUAAGAAUUAUCAAUAAUUCUCUCCAGGAAGAGAUGAAUGACCGUGAGUCAUUAGAACGUCGUUUGUUUGAAACAAGAGCAGAACUAGAAAGACUUCAAUCAGAAAACGCUUGUGAAUGGGCAAAAAGAGAACGCCUCGAAUCAGAAAAAAUUACACUUGAAAGAGAAAAUAAAAAGAUAAAAGCAGAACUAUUAGAUUUUCAAGUUUCAACUGGAAGAUCAGGUUUUAAUGCCAUGCGACCUCAAGAUGCUUUGGAUUCUGAACUUCGUCUGCUUCAACAAGAAUUAAUGGAAAAAAACAAAGAAAUAACUGAGUUGCGCCACUCUCAAAGCAAAGUAAAAAAAAUGCUCUCUGAAGCUAAUAUUGAGAUGGGACAUGCAGUGCGUCGUGCAGAACAAUAUGAGACAGAAGUAAAGCGUCUUAGGUCAAGAGUGGAAGAAUUAAAAAAGGAAUUAACUAUUGCCGAAGAUGAACUUGAUUCAGCUUCAUCGGCUGUUCGAAGAUUACAACGAACUAACGAAGAACUUCAUGCAAGGCAUUCAAGCCCCAAGCAUUUCACACAUGCAGCAGAUUCUCCAAAAUUAAAUAAGGAAUACCGCCCAAAUAUUAAUGACUUGAAACAAUUCUUUGACAAUUCAAAGUGCUCAAACUUCGGCGCGAAGCCCAAGCACUAUAUUGAUGCAAAGACCUCGUUUUUAACUCAAGAUGAUCUAUCGUUUGAUGGAAAAAAUCGAACAGAAUUUGAACGCGUGAAACAAAGAUUUGAUAAUCGCCACUCAGUAAAAUCUUACAAUGCUAAUUCAGUUUCAAAAAAUUCUUCACGGAGAAAUGAACGCCACAUUGCAAAUCAAAGAUUCGUAAAAAGUACCGAAAUUUCUAUCGACGAUUCUAGAACUAGUUUAAAUAUACAUGAAAAUUCUCAAAGCUUUGAUUGCAAUGCUUCAUCCAGCAAAUCAAGCUGUUAUAAUCAGAUUCAAUCUAAAAAAACAGAAAAUUCUGAAUUAGCUGACAGUUUUAAUCUUGAUGGUUUUAAAGUAUCAGAAGAUGAUGACGAAGAUACUUCAUAAAUACGAGCCAGAUAAUGAUUACGAUGGAGGCAGGCCACAAACAAUUCUUUAACGUUCAGCAUGAAAACCUAAUCAAAGCAUAUUGUUGCUUUUGAUGAUCAUCUUUUUGAUUCAUCUUACAAUAUCACAUAUAUGUGGAUUAAUGAAAAAAUUUGCAACACUUGACGUGACACUUUUUCUUAGAUCCUUUAUAAAAAAAAAUUUCAGUCGAAACUCCGUCACUGCAUACGGAUUAACUGAUAUUUAGAUUAAAUAAUUUUCAGAUCUCAAAAUAAUUCUUAUAUGCACUUUUACUUUUCAUAAGUUUCCUCCCAAAAUAAUCUUACUUUAUGUAGCUUUGUAAAUAAAGUUUAUGAUAAUUGUCAUAUGUAAUAAACAACUCAGUCAUGAUAUUUGCUUUUCAUAUUUAACUUUUAAAAUACCUAUAUCUUAUUUUUGGAAAUGUGAAACUGUUAAUAGUUUUUAUCUAUAAUACAAAUAUGUAAUGUGAAGUACUUUAAUAGCAAAUAUUGUCGUUUUAAUAAAUAUUAUAUUGCAACCUGAAAUUAAAAACAUUCCUUGACGAUUUAGUGUCAAAAC